UCCUCCUGUUUAAAAAAAAAAAAAGAAAUAGAAAAGGAGAAAACAAGAGUGAAUACAAAAGAACAACUUUUUCAUCCAUUCAUUUCCUUUCGACCGCGGAAACAGUAGGUAGUGGUGAAACGGACAUCAAGAGAGGUGAAACGAGAUAAUUGAAAUAGACACACACAAACGUCGUUCCUUUUCUUUUCUGGUGUGUAUGUGUGUGUGUGUUUUAAACUACAGCUGCCAUUGUCAACGAGAGUCUUGGCGAGCGUGCAUGUGUUGAAACAACAGCGCAGUUGUGUCAGAAUGACGUGCAACUGACACGCUGACAAGGGGGAAACGAGAGAAGAGUGGCUGUCGCCAAGACGUUCAGACGUGGGUGUGUCAGUCGUGACACUGCGGGAAGGAGAAACACAACGCUAAAAAGCUUUUAAAAAACAAAACACACCGAUAUAGCGUGCCGGACUCUUCAUUACCAACCAAUCGACCCUAUCCAUCCCGUUCCAGCUGCAGCUUCGUCAAACCAACCCCCUCAACUCUCAAGAAGACAAUUCACCGACUAUAGCGCCCGGAGUUCACCCAACGGAAGCUAACGUUAUUAAUUAAGUGCGAAUCAUUUCAAUUUAUUCAGCUUUCAACACGAACUUCCAUCAUCAAGACCCCCAUCUUUCUCAAGGAGCGAAAAAGAGGUAGAUCAGCCGCUAGAGGCGCGUGUGCCGGAGUUUGUGCAGACCUGGGAGCAAAUCAUCGAUCACAUCCGCCGCCGGCUUCGCGGGGUUGGGGGAAAAAGCUCUUUGGAUCACUACCACCACCAGGGCUCUUUUUUUUUUUUUCCCUCCAUGUUCCCUCCCACCUCCGCUCCCUCCCAUUCCUCCAUCUCUACCCACCAACUCCAUUCGGCACAGAAACACACACGCUACCCUAUGUGAGUAUGCGUGUGUAGAGCGUACAGAGUCUCAGGACAUAGACACACACACACACACAUCGGUUGUGAUUGGUCGACAGUGUCGAGGUCACGUGGCUUGUCCUUCCCCCAACGGGAGGUGGAGCCCCCCGCCAGUUAUUUGCUCCAGUCCGCAUCGACUCUCAACUGGCACUAGCACAAGACAUCAUCCAGCAACGCGGCCGGCCGCAAGGAAGGAAGAGCGACCCCCCCCCCCCCUUUUUUUCAAAAAAGUGAAGAGUGAAAAAAACGGGAAGACAAGAGAGAGUUAGUAGUGGUGUGAUCGCCGUCGUCGAGUAUUUAAUAUUAGUUCCAGCAUUGAAAGAGUGACAACUCAAUUUUUGUUUUAAGCGCGUCUUCGUCGACUCCGUCAUUAUCGUUCAAACGUCUCUCGAGUGCCAAUUAAGUGGAAGGUAGAAUUGAUGAUCGCCAUGAGUUCUUUCUUGAUGAACUCCGGGUCGUCGCAAUACGUCGUCGACCCAAAGUUCCCGCCGAGUGAAGAGUACAGUCAGAGCAGUUACAUUCCGGCGGCCGUGUCCAGUGACUAUUAUGUGCCUCAUCACCAGGUCCAGCACUACCACGGCUACCACGGACAUCACGCCCAUCAUCACCACAACGGCAGCCAUCCGUCAUCCGUUACAUCCGCCGCAGCCACCAUGGGCUAUUACGGCCAACAUCCGAGUCACGGAGGAGCCGUCAUCAGCGCUGGCGGAGGAGGAUACCACGGCGGAGGAGCCUACGGAGCUAACGGGCCGUGCGGAAUUGCAGGACCUGGCCAGCAAGUCCAAGUGCCCAUGACUGGGCACGUCGCUCCUACUUUAGGCCAUCACCAUCCGCAGCCGAUUCAACACCAACAAAGUCCGGGAAUGAUUCAACGAUCGCCGGCUCCUUCACCGACGCCUUCGCUGACAUCGAUGGUGACCUGUCCGUCCCAGCAGAUCCAGGCGCAACAGCAGCAAACGCUCGGCCAUCAACAGCUACAACUUCAGCACCAACACGUCCAACAACCUCUUCACCAGCAACAACUCAAUUCCAGUCAUUUACAACAACAACAACAACAGCAAAGUCACGGUGGUGGUGUCGUUUCCCAGGCGUUGAUGCAGCAUGACCAGCUGUCCCAUCUCGGCUCUAUGGUGGCUGCCCAGCAGUCAAAUGGUCAGCAACAGCUGCAGACGCUUACACAAACGCAGAUUCAACAGCAGAAUAACGCCCUGCAAUUGUGUCAGCCGCCGACGCCAAACAGCCCGGAAUCGGAUUGCGAUGACGGUUCCGACAUGUCAGAUGAUUCUCAUAAUCCAGUCAUCUACCCGUGGAUGAAAAAGAUUCACGUCGCCGGAACACCAUCGUUGUCUGAUGGUUUCCUAGCCAAUGGAGGAUUCACGCCGGGAAUGGAACCAAAGAGACAACGCACAGCCUACACUCGCCAUCAAAUUCUUGAACUUGAGAAAGAAUUUCAUUUCAAUCGCUACCUGACGCGGCGCCGUCGCAUCGAAAUCGCCCACAGCCUCUGCCUGUCCGAGCGUCAAAUAAAAAUCUGGUUUCAAAAUCGACGCAUGAAAUGGAAAAAGGACAACAAAUUGCCGAACACGAAAAACGUUCGCCGGAAGACCAACCCGGCCGGAGUCACCACAACGGCCACCGGCGUGCCCAUCAUCACGACAACGGCGUCCCACACGACGACCAACAACACGCCAACACCCACGGGUAAUUCGCAAUCAUCCAAUCCGCCGAGAUCGAACGAAACGCCCACAUUUCAGGACUGUGGUAUUCUCAAUAUCAAACCCGACUACGGCCUCACCAAUCUCUGAAAUGAAAGAUGCAAGUAAACAAAAGAAUCCGAGUCCCAAGUCAAAUCGAGUUCGCGUACCGAUAGUUUUCAUUGCGGCAGAUCUACUAUACGAUCACCUCAACUAUCAACGAGGUCGACAAAACAAAACAAAAAAAUGGCAUCGCUUUGAUGUCUGAAUGACGAUCACCUCUCCGAGUGUUGAUAAAUACGCGAUCUUCGUCACCUUUAUUUCGCCUGUGGAAAUGAAUCCUUUGAGUUGAUCUUCCGUUAUUCUGUUACACCUUCACGUCCUCCCGGCAAAAGGUUUUAUCCUCAGGGUUAUCGCUUGUACAUAUAGAAUUUCGUAUGAUCUGUUUAUCGCCACAAGUCCGCGUAGUCUCUUUUUCUUUUUAUGUUCUCGUCUUUCUCUCGAAUUUUGUCUAUAAAAAAAGUCUCCCAAUUCGCCGUAAUCUUGUCCGACAGCAGGGUAGUAAGAUUCAGUUUUUGUUUUUCUUCUUUCAAGACUUUCACUAUGUGUGUUUGAAUUUAGCGCAAAUUCGCAUUCUACUCAACGUCGUAUUUUGUAACUUAUAGCGUCGAUCGGUCGGCUACCCCUAAAUUAUCAAUUCAACGUCAUAGAUUCGGAAUGAACAAAUUGGAGAUUCGGACAACCGGGUAGUUCGACGUCCAACAGCAGUCAUCACGUCAAAGAUUCGCAAAAAAAAAAGCAGAGAAAGAUUUCAGUUUGUCCACGUUUCUCGUAUUGCCAUUCUGUACCGCAAAAAAAUCAGGAAAUACUUGAUUUGAACUGCUGAGUUUAAUUUGUUAGAUCGUUUGGGCGAGUCAGUCGGGGCUUUCUGUAUUUCUUGAUAUAACAAAAAAAAAAAAGGCCGACAAACAUUAAUUCGAAAAUCAAAAUUUUUUCUUCUCUUUUCCCUUUGUGUAGCAUUUAAAAAAAAAAAUAUUUCGCACGCACCGCAAAACGAUGUCAUAACUAUCGAGUGUUUAGCAAAUUUUUGAUUUGAACCUGGCCGAGCCGCGUCAGCCGUCCGUUUAAAUUGAAGCAAAAAGAAAUGUUCGAAUGUUUUUCUUCUUUAAACUGAAAAAUGUUUUGGAUGGGGCGCGGUCUUCGUAUGGCGGAUAGUCGGAGAGAAGGAGGAGAGAGGUCGGCCCUCAUUACGCGACUACAAACUCGGCGGUUUAUUUUUAUGGCCUAUUCAUUGGCCUCUGAACUCCAUUGUCGUUGUGUGGCAAGCCAAACAUUAAGUGUGUCUCUCUGUGUUUGACCCCUACACAAUUUUGUUCGAGUAUAUGUGUGUCCGCGCGCGCGUGUGUUUCUGUUCAGACAGAGUGCAAACACACACACAGAGCCCGCAAAAUGUACAUUGUAGGCCUGACGACAUUUUCUUUUUAAGUGCCAUUGCGGACAAACUCCCCUGGCCACUCACUGCCUCCUCCGCCGAGGCAAUAAACAAGCAAAUGGCUAUCCUCAUUUGAUUUCCCGAAGGAGUCUACUCACCUGCCACCCACAAGCAAAAUUUUAUGUAGCUUUUUUUUUUUUUUUUAUUAUUAUUAUUCCCUCGAUUUUUGCACACACAUUAACAAGGAGAGAGCACCGCCGGGUUAGCUCCGCCACACAGUUCCUAAAUACCUGCGCUCUUCUACAUGUAAAAAAAGAGAGAGAGAGAGAGAGAAAAGAAAAACAUUAAAAAGGAAAUAGCGAACCCUCAUUAGAGAGCGAAAGAGUCCUUCAAAUGUGUUUUCUUUUUCUUUCUUGCUCGCGAUAUCAAUUUAGGUUUCCUGUCGAUCGUUAUUUCUAAUUUAGUUGAACAAGAAUCAAAAGAGAAGAUGCAGCAAGUCGCCUACAAUUUUCUAGCGCGAUUUACGCAUCAAGUCAAACAAUGUGUGUGUGUGUGUGUGUUUUGCAGCGUUUUUCUGUUGUUUUUCUUUCUCAUCACGUUUGCAAAUUCCCGUCGUCAUUUUCAAUGCGGUGUCAAAAUGUUAUACGAGAGUUACGUCAUGAUAUUACAGCCUGAAUUGGACUACACGGCAAACAAAUAAAAAAUAAUAUUUCAUAAACAGAAUAAUCUCUGUGUUCUUUCUCACGAAUGGACGUGGGGAAAUUUGCAACCCUUUCAUCAUUUCACUUCGUCUGUCGUUGUAUGUUUUGUACAGUGAUCGUCAUAUUGUGCAGCUGUUUUCUCGACAAGAUUGCAAGACACUACACCACAAAAAUUAAGACAUCCAUCUUUCCUCCCUUGCUGUACAGAAGUCCAUGUGUCCAAAUUCUGAAGAGAAAAAGACAAACAGCCAAUACUGAGGUGUUUUUUUUUUUACCUUCAUAGAAUUUCUUUUUUUUUUUCCCCUUCCCAACACAUCCAAGUCUGUAGUUAUACACCCCGUUAGCGGUCAAUAUUUUGUUCGUAGGUACCCACUGUUUUCCUUAGUCUGUAAAAUAUCGAUUUGUCCCUACCUCUUUCCCAACUCCGUUCGUUUUGUGUGUGUGAAAAGUCCUAGUUCCGCAACCACUCGAGACCCCAUCGCGACCGAGUCUGAAACAGAAGAGAAAAUUGUUUAAUGAAUUUUAUAUUGAUCAUGCAAUAAAAGUAAAACUAAAAAUAAACAAAAAUCGAGUGUUCAAACAAA